AGAAUGACGGAGCUCCAGUCCGCCCUGCUACUGCGGAGACAGCUGGCAGAGCUCAACAAGAACCCAGUGGAAGGCUUUUCAGCAGGCUUAAUAGACGACAAUGAUCUCUAUCGAUGGGAAGUCCUUAUUAUUGGCCCUCCAGAUACACUGUAUGAAGGUGGCGUCUUCAAGGCUCACCUUACGUUCCCAAAGGACUAUCCACUCAGGCCGCCAAAAAUGAAGUUUAUCACCGAAAUCUGGCAUCCAAACGUUGACAAAAACGGCGAUGUCUGUAUUUCCAUCCUGCACGAGCCCGGCGAAGACAAGUAUGGCUAUGAGAAACCGGAGGAGCGCUGGCUUCCCAUCCAUACCGUGGAAACCAUCAUGAUUAGUGUAAUUUCUAUGCUGGCGGACCCCAACGGCGACUCGCCCACAAACGUCGAUGCGGCGAAAGAAUGGAGGGAAGAUAGAAAUGGAGAAUUCAAAAGGAAAGUUGCCCGCUGUGUAAGAAAAAGCCAAGAGACUGCUUUCGGGUGACACUGACUUCAGCCGCUUUGUAGCUUCACUUUUUUCAGGGUCUCCAACUGAGGAACACGGCACUGUUUCCCUGCACUCUCCCCACCUGAUGCCGGACUUGUGUUUCGACCGCGUUGGCAGACACUGGCUGGAACCGGGCCGCAAUAAAACCCGCCAGUGACCCACGCUGACCAAGAGCCUGACCAGUGCCAAUGAAGACGUGCACUUUUCGAGAACAUAAUGGACUGCUUUAACCUUCAGGAAGAAUUGUAAAGAUGUGUACAUAGCACAACAUGAUCCGGAUAAUAUAUAUACUGUUCAUGUACAUCCACAAAUACACAUUGUACCAAAUAA